AUGGUAACCAACGUGGUUGAAGUUCCAAAAGAGACGACACAACGACAAAAAUACACUGUUAAUUUACCAGCAACCUCGUCAUUGGAAUCCGCUUUAACAAACCUCGAGUCGAGAAGCCCACUCAAUUUAACACAAAUUACCAAUUUCUUUCGACAAGAGUUUCUAUCACGUUUUGCGGCAAUUGAAAACUGGUAUGCUAGCACCUGGUUACAUAGACAACUGGUGCGUCUCGGCAUACCAGAACUUUACUUGUCACUCACGGUUGCCGUAACUAUACUGCUGACUACACGACACUUCUACAAAAAAUCUGUUUAUCUUUUUACCAAUUUGGUGGGAGUUAUAUAUCCCGCCUAUCGCUCGAUAAAGGUUUUGGACGAAGUGACGACAAAUCAAAUGGAUAAUGCAGAAAACAUUUCCGAGCAAAAACAAUGGCUCAGUUAUUGGACCAUUUAUGGAUGUAUUCAAGUUGGCGACAAUUGGUCGAAAUGGCUCUUGGAAAUGUUCCCGGGAUAUAAUUUUAUCAAAUUAGCCUUUUUAUAUUGGGCACAAAAUGACCGAUCCAAAGGAGCCAGUGUUGUUUUCGAUCAUAUUAUUAAACCUUUGAUAUAUAAUCCAUCAUCAAAUGUAAAGAAAGAACUGAAGCAAAGACAACGGCAACGACAAAAUCCACAACAUCAAACUCCACAAAAUCAAACUCCACAACAUCAAUUACGAAAAUCCUUGGAUAAUAUUUCUAAUGAGGUUCCUGCAAUUUCAGGUGUGGUUAUUAGUAGUGGAACGUCGGUCCCUGGUACUACUACCCCUUCUUCUUAUCCUGAACCUUCCCCUGAAGAAAUUUGGCAACGUGGUUAUUCUGAAGUAAAUGAGGGUGAGGUGAAACCUUACAGAUUGAGUAAUGAUCCGUAA